UCAAACAGAUUUACAAACAUUAAUGGCGGAUCAAUACAACCACCACGAGAUCAACAAGAGCAAUGAGCCAUCUGGCGAUCGCGGACUGUUCGAUUUCGUGGGGGAGAAAGAGGAUGAGGCGGUCGCCGGCGAAUUUGAUUAGAAAGUUAAGGUUUCAGAGGAAGAUUCGAAGAAGCAUCAAACCCUCCGAGAGAUGCUUCAGCGAUCAAACAGCUCCUCCAGCAGGCAGUAGCUCUUCUGAAGAUGAAGAAAUAGGUGAAGAAGAUGGAGAAAAGAGGAAGAAAAAGAAGGAUAAAAAGAAGUGUGAUGACAAGAAACCAACUCAAGAGGGUGAAGAGAAGAAAGGGUUGCUAGAUAAGAUCACGGAGAAGCUGCCCGGCGGCAAGAAGGCGGAGGAGGUGGCUACACCGCCACCAACUCCGGUGGCUGAGGAGAAGGAGAAGAAAGGGUUCUUGGAUAAGAUCAAGGACAAAAUCCCUGGCUAUUCAAAGACUGAUGAAGAGAAGGAGAAUGAAAAGGAAAACGAAGCUUUGGUUGGGGAAGAUGGAGAGAAGAAGAAAAAGAAGUGUGAUGACAACAAACCAACUCAAGAGGCUGAAGAGAAGAAAGGGAAGCUUUCCGGCAACAAGAAGGCGGAGGAGGUGGCUUUGCCUCCGCCAACUCCGGCAGCAGCCACUCCGGGGGCUGACGACAAGGAGAAGAAAGGUUGA